AUGAGAAAACGUCUAUCUAGUGAGAGAUCAAGAGGCUCAUCUAGUAGGGUUCGAACCUCCCACGAGGGUGGACAACAGAUGACAGAGGAAACUGGAGAACAAAUGAUAGAGGAGUCAGAGCAAGAAAGUGAGGAAGUCCCUAUUGAAUCUUUAGAUCAGUCAAGAACUAAGAAAAGGCGUUACAAUACUUUUAAACAGAUUUGGAAACUUCCAAGAGGACAAAAGAUUGUGGUAGAAUUCAAUAGUUUUGGCCAACCAGUUGGAAAAGAAGGUGGAAAGCUAAUUAAAUUUAUGGGCUCAGCAGUGAGAAAGUCAACAUUGGCACCAAUUAAUUAUAAAAGUUGGAAAAAAUUCCCUUCAAGAAUGAAACACGAUUUAUGGAAAGUGAUUACGAAGCGAUUCGUGAUACCCAUUGAGAAAGAAUCCAUAAUCAAGGAGUGGGGCAUUAAGACCUUAGGUAAAAAUUGGAGAGCUUUUAAAUAUGAACUUCGAUCUGAAUAUUUCGACCUUGAGUCCAUGACAGAAGAAGAAAUAGCUUUUUUGGUUCCUCCUAAAGUUAGCAAAGAUCAAUGGGUUUCUGCUAAAAUGAGCCAAACAAACAAAGCUAAUCGUGCAAAACAAGUCAUGACUCACACUAUUGGAACAAAAAGUUUUGCAAGAGUAGCUAAUGAGAUGAAAGAAAAAGAUGGCAUUGCUCCUUCUCGUGGACAGUUGUAUAUUAAUACACACAGGAGGAAAGAUGGGAGUUGUGUCACCGAGAAUGUUAAAGAAAAGAUAUUGGAGCUCCAAGACAAGAUAACUCAAAAUCCAGAGAGUGCAUUAUCAAGAGAUGAAGACAUGGGUUGGAGAAAUGAUGAUGUUUACACUGAAGUCUUUGGUCCUGAUCGGCAUGGCCGUGUGAAAGGUGUUGGGACUGGACCAGUUCCAUCUCAGAAGUCGAGUAUGGUGCCUCGCCAGCUCCGUGGCUUUCGUAUUACCACUAAUAGAGAGAGAAGUAACAGAAAUGAAGAGGUGGAACAACUCAAGGGUCAAGUGUCUAAUCUUCAGACUGAGUUCAAGGAACAUAUUCUAGGACUACAAGCUCAAAUCCAAGCAUUGAUGGCACAGCUGCAAACAUCUAGAAACAAUGAGGUGCAUACUCCCACUAGUGCUGAAAAUGGUGCAGUGAACCCUUCAUUUGAGUAG